GUCGCAGCGGCCGCUUUCGAAAAGCGCCGGCAUGUCGUGUUUCUGAUCCGGUCUCUAGUCUCUGUCCGUGGCGCAGGUUCUCAACGGAGAUCACGUCAGCGCGGCGCUUCAGGAACCGCUCGAAUUUCCCAGGACUUCCAGUACUAUGUUGAGAAGAAGUGGCCAGAGUGGGCAUCCUUUCCUUGUAUUGGAUCUUAAAGGGAAAGCUUUCAGUUUUUCUCCAUUGAGUAUGAUGUUAGCUGUGAGCUUUUCAUAUGUGGCCUUUAUUAUGUUGAGAUCCCAGAGUCAUUUAGACAUACUACAUGGCAGAGACUGGGAAAAGGCAACUCAAGACAGAUAUUAGAUGUUACCAGGGCUCUCCAGGCCUGGCCACUGAUAGAAAAGAGGACAUGUUGGCAUGGUCAUGCAGGAGGAGGACUCCACACAGACCCAAAAGAAGGGUUAAAAGAUGUUGAUACUCGGAAAAUCAUAAAAGCAAUGCUUUCUUAUGUGUGGCCCAAAGACAGGCCAGAUCUACGAGCUAGGGUUGCCAUUUCCUUGGGAUUUUUGGGUGGCGCAAAGGCCAUGAAUAUUGUGGUCCCCUUCAUGUUUAAAUAUGCUGUAGACAGCCUCAACCAGAUGUCGGGAAACAUGCUGAACCUGAGUGAUGCACCAAAUACAGUUGCAACCAUGGCAACAGCAGUUCUGAUUGGCUAUGGUGUAUCAAGGGCUGGAGCUGCCUUUUUUAAUGAAGUUCGAAAUGCAGUAUUUGGCAAGGUAGCCCAAAACUCCAUCCGAAGAAUUGCCAGAAAUGUCUUUCUUCAUCUUCACAACCUGGAUCUGGCUUUCCACCUGAGUAGACAGACAGGAGCUUUAUCAAAGGCUAUUGACAGAGGGACAAGGGGUAUCAGUUUUGUCCUGAGUGCUUUAGUAUUUAAUCUUCUUCCCAUCAUGUUUGAGGUGACUCUUGUCAGUGGUAUUUUGUAUUACAGGUGUGGUGCCCAGUUUGCACUGGUAACCCUUGGGACACUUGGUGCAUACACAGCAUUCACAGUUGCUGUUACACGGUGGAGAACUAGGUUUAGAAUAGAAAUGAACAAAGCGGAUAAUGAUGCAGGUAACGCUGCCAUAGACUCGCUGCUGAAUUAUGAAACUGUGAAGUAUUUUAAUAAUGAAAACUAUGAAGCACAAAGAUAUGAUAGAUUUCUGAAGACAUAUGAGACUGCUUCACUGAAAAGUACCUCUACUCUGGCUAUGCUGAACUUUGGUCAAAGUGCUAUUUUCAGUGUUGGUUUAACGGCCAUUAUGGUGCUCGCCAGUCAGGGAAUUGUGGCAGGUACCCUUACCGUUGGAGAUCUAGUAAUGGUGAAUGGACUGCUUUUUCAACUUUCAUUACCCCUUAACUUUCUGGGAACUGUAUAUAGAGAAACUAGACAAGCACUCAUAGAUAUGAACACCUUGUUUACUCUACUCAAGGUAGACACUCGAAUUAAAGACAAAGCAAUGGCAUCUCCCAUUCAGAUCACACCACAGACAGCUUCGGUGGCCUUUGACAAUGUGCAUUUUGAAUACAUUGAGGGGCAGAAAGUCCUUAGGGGAAUAUCUUUUGAAGUCCCUGCAGGAAAGAAAGUGGCCAUUGUAGGAGGUAGUGGGUCAGGAAAAAGCACAAUAGUAAGGCUGUUGUUUCGCUUCUAUGAGCCUCAAAAGGGUAACAUUUACCUUGCUGGUCAAAAUAUACAAGAUGUGAGCCUGGAAAGCCUUCGGAGGGCAGUGGGAGUGGUACCUCAGGAUGCUGUCCUCUUCCAUAAUACCAUUUACUACAACCUCUUAUAUGGAAACAUCCAUGCUUCACCUGAGGAGGUGUAUGCAGUGGCAAAAUUAGCUGGACUCCAUGAUGCAAUUCUCCGAAUGCCACAUGGAUAUGACACACAAGUAGGGGAACGAGGACUCAAACUUUCAGGAGGAGAAAAGCAAAGAGUAGCAAUUGCAAGAGCCAUUUUGAAGGAUCCUGCAGUCAUUCUCUAUGAUGAAGCCACUUCAUCAUUAGAUUCAAUUACUGAAGAGACUAUUCUUAGUGCAAUGAAGGAUGCAGUCAAACACAGAACUUCUAUUUUCAUUGCACACAGAUUGUCAACAGUGGUUGAUGCAGAUGAAAUCAUUGUCUUGGACCAGGGUAAGAUAGCUGAACGUGGUACCCACCAUGGUUUGCUUGCAAACCCUGGCAGUAUCUAUUCAGAAAUGUGGCAUACACAGAGUAGCCGUGUGCAGAACCAUAAUAACCCCACAUGGGAUGCAAAGAAAGAAAAUGUGUCCAAAGAGGAGGAAAGGAAGAAACUACAAGAAGAAAUUGUCAACAGCGUGAAAGGCUGUGGAAACUGUUCCUGCUAAGUUGCACAAGACAUUUUUUUUGACACAUUUGCACUGAAGCAGAAUUGUUUUAUUAAAAAUGAAAUCAUACAUUCCCAUUUCUAUAAUCCUUUUUUUAGGUAAGAUUUAUUUGAAAAGGAAUUUGAGUUUUACAUCUUUCACAGUAUUUCAUGUGAUGUCUGUAUUUAGCCACGAAUUAUUUUCUUGUUACUGCCUUAUUUGUGCCCAAAGCAUCGUUUUUGUUACUAUUUCACUUUGCCCCAUUUCCAUUUUGGGGGCCUGAUAGCCAUUUGAUAUCCAUAACCAGAUGAAUUACAUUGGAUUCCAAAUUUUAAUAGUUUUUUAAAUUUCCUUUAUGCUGACAGUUUAGAUGGAAAGUAUCCAUUUCUUUUUUUUUUUAAGAGGACAGUGUAGGUUCAUUGUUUCUCCUCCCUCCCCACUGACAUACUUCAGUGAUAGAUACCUACACUUUCAUUUUUUAAAGUCUUUGCCACUGUAUAUCUUUUGGAGGAAAAACCUUAAUUCUCAUGUAUGUAUGUAGAAUGUUCAUCAUCAUUAACCAGCAUCUCUAGUGAUGGGAAUUUUAUUUUUUCAUCAAAAUGAGUUAUUGCUCUUGUUUGGGACCAAAAUUUAUGUCUUUCUCUUUAAACACUUAAAACCCUGAUGUAAUUUGACAGUUGUCAUACUGGGAAUGAUCUAAAAAGCUUAGGAAGUUAAUUGCCCUCCUAUUUCCAUCUUAACUCUUGUGCUUUUGGUGUCUGAAGUUAUAUAAAGAAACAACUAAAUGGAAUGUAUGCAUGCACAUAUAUGUGUGUGUGCACAUGCUCACACUUGUAUAUAAAGCAGCAACCACUUAAAAAUUAUUAAUGACCUUGAGGUAAAUAGGAGAAUAUUAUGUAUAUGUACUCUAGAUGAUUGGGACUUUAAUCAGUGACACGUCAGAAUUUAUUACAAGGUCAUCCCUUUCUUUUUCAGUAAUUUAAUGAGUUCCUUUAAAUGUGUCAUAACAGCCCAAACAAAAUGAUCAGGUUUUACCUGUUAAUAAAAUGUUGGUAUAUGUUCACUUAGAAGCUCCUCUUUUCCAAUUUGAGUAGCUUCUUUUCUUUUUGAAGAAGCUGUUUUCUUUUCAUAUGAUUAGAGAUGGUCUCUAGGCCACUGGAUCAUGUGGUCAUUAACCAGUAUUUUCAGCUAAUAAAAACUUGAAUAACUUAAAAAACACAGUUAUGUAAGGGCCAUUAAGUAAGUCUUAAAUAUUUUCAUCAUAUUAAGAUGGUUCUAUACAGUGAAAUAAUAGACAAAAGAUUCACUGAGAAGAAAAUGUCAAAAAAGGGGCAUUUAUUAUAACAAUAAUUUUACAUUACAAUAUUACAUAUUCACAUAAAAAGGUAUAAAGUAUAAAUUUUUAAAUGUUGAAACUUUUUUUUUAAUGGAUUGGGAUGAAUAAGCUACAGUUUUAGAAUAUGGGCUCUGAAAAUGGAGCAAGAUGAUAGGGUUUUAUUUCUUACAUCCCUGUAUUUUAAAAAUUGCAUAUUUCCUUCCUAAGCAAAUCCCAGUUUACAAAAAUUAAAUUGAAACGAGUAAUUUGGGAUCAGAAAAACUGAUGCCUUCCUGAAGGUUUUUAACAUAGAAAUAUCUUGGUGGACAGAUAGGUUCAUUUGGAAAUUUUUUCGACAGUUCAAGUCUGAGGGUCAGCUGUGAGAAUCAGAAAGAGGCCUAGGCAUUUGGACAAAUUCGAAGUAUGCAUUUAUUUUUCCUUUACAGGGAUGUGCACCUUUUACAUACCUUUAAGAUAAAUAUUUUGCCUUUUCCCUUAGAUGUUGACAAAGAUCAUUUUGUACAAAUAGCUAGUUUAAAAAUAAGUUUUAAAGGGCACCUCCAUGGCUCAGUCUGUUAAGCGUUCAACUCUUGAUUUCAGGUCAUGAUCUCAGGGUCAUGAGAUCAAGCCCUGCAUUGGUCUCUGAGCUGGACAUGAAACCUGCUUAAGAUACUCUCUCCCCCUCUGCCCCCCCAAUAAAUAAAUAAUAAAUUAAUUAAUUUUGCUUAAGGGUAAGAUAUUUAAAGAUUAUAUGAAUUCUUGUUUCCGGGUCACUUUGUCUAUGUUGUCGUCUUGCUGUCAUCCUUCCUAAUUGCUCGGUGUGUUGGUGAGUAGCAUCUUUUGCCAGUGUAUAUUCAUAAUUCAUAUAUACCUUCUGCCUUUAUCAUAGGAUACUCUUUUGUAGAUUAGUAGUUGAAAGGUUUUAAAUAUAUUUGCAUUGGCAGCUUUCUUAAAUUAUAGGAAGUCCCUUUCCCCCCUGCUUUGAGUAUAUAGAUUUUGAAUGUAAACUGUAUAGUAAAUAACAAUAUUAAGUCAAAUAAGCUGGUUAAAACUGAUUAGUUAAGACAAAAUGACUUGAAAGGGAGGCUCUUUACCAGUUUUAUUGUUACAGCAAUUUGUGCAGAUAAUCAUUACUAAAUAAACAAUAUGUCUUUGUGACUAGAAAUGGGUGGCCCAUUGAAACAACUCUUUUUUGUAAUGCAUAGGGAGAACUGAUAUUUUGUCAUUCACACAUUCAGAGUAAGUAUGGAUAAUCAAUAGACACUCUAAGGGUAUGGCCUUAGAGCCUUAUGCAGAAGGUGAAAACUUGGAAUUGUCUCAGAGAGAAAGUAAUUGUUUGCAGAGUUCAUAAUGUGGGUAAAAUGGUAGUAAAUUAUAGUGCUUUCACUUAGCAUUAAGCUGUCAUAUUCUUGAUGACCAACCAGUGAAAGGCAACUUUCCGUUGCCCCAAGUUUUUCAGUUCUAAUGGUUAGGAAGGAAACCUUUGGGGUGGAAAAAUUUCUUGACUGCAAAGCAUGCAAAACUAGCAUUUUGAUUAAGUAGAAUUAGAAUUAAUUGUUCUAAAUAAAAACAAGUUGGAACAGUUUUGGUUUAAAAAGGCAAUGGAUUGUUUUCAUAUAUCCUGUUCUCACACAGCUACAGAACAAUGUUUUUCACCGAUUACUUUCUAUUCCAUUUCUAGUUCAUAAAAUUGUAGGAUUUUUAGAGUUGGAAGGAAUAUAGAGGCCUUUAAUGUAAUUUCCUCAUUCGGAAACUGAAUUUCAGGAGGAAUCACUGGUCUUGCUAGCGACCAAGUUGGAAUGAAAACCCUGGUUCUUGACACCUACUCCAUUUCUCUUUUGGCUGGACAUUUCUACUCAGAAGCUAAGUUUAAAAAUAUAUUGAAGGCUGAGACUUCCAGAAUGUUGAAUUGAAGAGCUCAGUAGACCUUCUCUCCAGCAGAACAACUUAACUGUUCGAAAUUAUUUUUUUUAACAAUAAUUUAAAAUCUCUAGAAAUUGUCCAAAGAGCAUAUAUCAAUUGGGAAAACAUUGAUUCAAGAAAACCUAUUACUUAUCAGUAAGAAUAGGAAGAUUCUAGCAUUUGAAUUACCUGCAUAUCCUCUACCAUACCAGGUCUGUGUUACAGAAGCUCAACCUUGGGUACUCUAUUUAGGCAGGUGUGGUGAAGAUGUUGGGAGGAGGUAGGGCUCCUCCCCCAGCUCCCACUCCGGGGUUGUGGUUUCACCUUGGCAGGGGUAGCUGCCUGCAUUUCUUACCCCCAACUCUGUGUUGCAGAAAUUUAUUCCACACAGGCACAGCCAAGAGGACUGGUGAUAACCUUCUACCACCCAGCCUCCAUUCUUUGAGUGGAGGCACUAUUAUGUGUGCAGGCUGAGAAUAGUGAGGCCCUGAUUUUUUCCACCCCAGCUUACUCAAAGUUUGGAUGUUUCACUCAAGGAGAGGAAAACUGAGAAUACCAGGAACUGACACCAUGCCCCAGUGCCGCACCACUCAUAGAGUGGUGUUUUCACUCUGGGCCCUUUUAGCCCCCAGCUUCAGUUCAGUGGUGCACAGGUUCUUUCUAAGUGGGACGGUAUGCAGUGAGGACAAAGAAUUCCACCAUUCUGCCUGGGGGACUGACUUCAUUUGAAAGAGCAUGGAGAACUUUGUCCCUAAGGACAUUGUCAAAAACAA